AUGAAGAACAGUGUUGCUCGAACGCAGCCGGAGAAGCUCUUUGCACAUGCACCGCAAAGCGAGAAUUUGCCGUUGGCAAUCGGUGCCGAUUUUCACGACGACCCCAUCAAUCGAAGCACAUUGAGGAAAAGCCAUAACUUGCUUCUCGAAAGGAAAACAGACCAUGCACCGCACACCAGAUACUGCUACAAUGGCGAACCCUUCGAAAAGUCUCGUACCGCCGCUGAGGCUGCUGCUGAGGACGAAGCGGCUGUAUGGAACGGGUGGUUCUCUGAGGAUUUCACCAAAGAGGAUUUAGAUGAUUUUGUCGUUCGAAUGCUGGGGUACUUUACUGAAGAUGUUUCAGAGAGUAGCGCAGAGAAAGAGCGUGUGCGCAAGGUGUGCAUCAGCUUUUUUGUAAAGGAUGACAGUCUUUCUAUCGCUGAAAUUGGCCAGAGGAACAGCGGCUUGGGUGAGUCAAGAAUCCUUUCUCGUCGUCAGGUUCCCAAAGACAUGCGGAACCCAGAUGAUCUGCUGCUUCUUAGUGACUUUCGAAUCGGGGAUUCUGUGAAGAUUUACGGCCAGAGGUUCUACAUCGUCGAUAUGGACAAACGGAGUCGCUGUUACUUUCGCGAGGUUCUGGAGAGGGACGUUCCGGAUGUGCAGAGCAUUCCGCAGGACUCUUUCAGCCGCGCAGCUGCUGCCUUGGCGGAGAGGUCGACGAAACGAGUUGUGACCUCGGACGAUAUGGACCGCAAGCGCGCCAUCGAGCAACAGCUAACGGGUAUUUACACAAAGCAUUCUACGGAAGAUAUCGCGAUCACGAAGGAGUUCUUGAAGAAUAAGAUCAACGAACAUUUAACCUAUCUGGCGCUCUGGGAUGAUCGCGGCAACCUUAGCGGCGACUUACACUACUGUGUCAUUAGAGUAUUUCUGGAAAACAACACAAUUGAGAUUGCCGAACGCAGGCCAGAGAACAGCGGCCGAUGGGGAGGACCGAUCUUGAUUCACCGCCAGCGAAUCCCACACCCGUCCGCCGACUUGACGCAGAGCAGGUAUCAGCAGCAUACCUACGGCAAGCUGAUGAAAAACGAUUAUUUGUGCCCCGAGGAUAUUCAAGUCGGCGAAACAUAUAUGAUUUACGGGAAGCCAUUUUAUGUGUACGACAGUGACUCUUUCACUCGCGAUUAUGUCAGAGAGAAGUACCAGAUAAUCAUCAGGGACGCUAUAGAUAUUGCCCCUUUUGAGACACAGAAGAAGCAGACCUCGGUCUUCUACCCCCCUCCGCCGAACGGGUUCGGUAGCGAGCGUGAAACGCGGAGCAACUGGCUCUCUUUGGUUGGCAAGCCGGCAAGGGUCGACGAUGAGAUGGCGCAGCGCGAAUCUGGUCGAGUGAUAAAGUUUUCAGCGAAGCUUGCCAAGCCAAUUGUUGCCGGCGACGAAAGCAGAGAGUUUGUGGUUUCGUUUCAUUGUGAAACAAAGGAGCUGGAGAUCUUCGAAAAGCCGAAGCAAAAUUCUGGCAUGUUGGGCGGCCGAUUUCUUGCAAAGGGAGCGCACCGUAAGGACAUGCCGAAUGGGACCACGGUACCCUUCACUCCUGAUGAUUUUCAUGUAGGUCAGGUGAUCGAAAUUUACCGGCGUCCAUUUCUGCUCACUGGCCUCGACGCGGCAACGCAGAGAAUUCUCGAUGGCACUGACAAGGUUGUCACUGAGGACCGCAUCAAAUGUCUCGUGGUGCUGUUGAAGCAGCAGUUGAACCUUAAGUUCUCACGGGCAAACGAGGCAUUUCUUGGGCUUGCACCACAAGGCACUCUUGGCUACGUUCAAGUGAAGGAGUUUUUGCGUGCGUGCAGCUGCAGGAUCACUGACGAAGAGGCGCUUCUGGUUGUGCAGAACUUGUCCCCUGGCACCAAUGGCGUGAUCAACUACGACGACUUCCUUCAAAUUGUGGACGUUUCUUCUGAGUCGAUGGACGAGGCCUCCCUUACAACUCGGUCCAUCCGCAACGUAAACAUGACCAAGAAUGAUCAGCUGAAACUUACCGCCACCGCUUCCGAAGAGAAGCAGCGACGCAAGCAGCUCCGUGAUGUGCUGCAGUUCAAGCUUAUUCAGCGAAAGGGAAGUGUGCAAGAGCAGUUUCGCUUGUUGAGCGAUCACAGUGCCAAUUCGAGACUCAACCGCAACACAUUUCGCAUCUCCCUCAACACUGUACUGCACUUCAACAUGAACAAGAAUGACGAGGAUACACUAGUGUCUCUGCUUUUCGACGGUGUCGAGGACGAAAACGGGGACAUUACGUACAAGCAGUUCCAAGAAUUUGUGGACUCUGUUGACAACAACUGA